AUGUCGAUCAUCCCAAGCUUUUUCGGUGGUCGUCGAACAAACAUCUUCGAUCCCUUCUCUUCACUCGACAUUUGGGAUCCUUUCGAAGGCUUCCCCUUCAACAACAACUUCCGUUCUCUGUCCGAUCGCGUCGGAUCUUCUGAAACAGCUUUGUUCGCGCACGCGAAUAUUGACUGGAGGGAGACUGCGGAUGCUCACGUGUUCAAGGCGGAUGUGCCGGGGCUGAAGAAGGAGGAAGUGAAGGUUCAGGUUGAGGACGAUCGAGUGCUGCAGAUCAGUGGAGAGAGGAACAAAGAGAGUGAGGAAAAGGGAGACACGUGGCACCGUGUUGAGAGAAGCAGCGGGAAGUUUAUGCGAAGGUUUAGGCUGCCGGAGAACGCGAAAGUGGAUCAGGUGAAGGCGGCGAUGGAGAAUGGUGUGCUGACUGUCACUGUGCCCAAAGUUGAAGUGAAAAAAGCUGAUGUGAAGUCGGUUCAAAUCUCUGGUUGA